GGAAACCCCUGGACCAUGAAGGGGUUAGGAGAUAACAGAAGCCGCCACCUCUCCGAUAACCUGGACUCCCCUCAAGACUCUCUUUAUGCCGCCCAAGACAGGAACCCUUACCUCCUCAGUCCCACUGACUCCUACCCCGUGGACCCCCGGUUUCCAGCCCAGAAUUCCCUCCAUAGUGACUGUCUCCUCCCACUCAACAACCAGAUUUCCAACAGCAGCACUUUCCCCCGUAUCCAUUACAACUCCCACUUCGAAGUCCCGGACGAGAACCCCUUCCCAAGCCAUGCCCAAGCCACGAAGAUCAACCGCCUCCCCGCAAACCUCUUGGACCAAUUUGAGAAGCAGCUGCCCAUCCACCGGGACGGCUUCAGCACCCUCCAGUUCCAGAGGAGCGACGCCAAGCACCGGAGCGAGAGCCCCGGGCGCAUCCGACACCUGGUGCACUCCGUCCAGAAGCUCUUUGCCAAGUCACAGUCCCUGGAGGGCCCCACCAAGGGCAGCGUGAAUGGCAAGAAGGGCACAGAGGACCCGAAGCAGAACCGGAGGAGCAAAAGCAAAGACCGGGCAAAGACCACCGAGACCAAACGCAGGCCCAGGUCCAACAUAUCAGGCUGGUGGAGCUCGGACGACAACUUAGACAGCGACACCUGCAGCUAUCGCAAUCCAAUGGGCCUCAUGACCCUGGGCAGGCAACCUGACCACAGCCAGCCUAGGUACUUCAUGCACGCAUAUAACACCAUCAGUGAGCACAUGCUGAAAUCCUCCAAGAGCAAUAACGACCUCAAGGUCACCCCCUGCGCCAAUAUCCCCAUCAGCAACGAGUCCAACUACAUCAAACGGGGCUCCUGGUCCACGCUCACCCUUAGCCAUGCCCGGGAAGUGUGCCAAAAGGCCUCUGCCACCAUCGACAAAGCCCUGCUGAAAUCCAAGUCCUGCCAGCAAGACUUAGCCUAUCAUUACUUGCAGGUGCCUCAGGGAGAGUGGAACAAUACGCUGUCUCGGGACAAAGACAACGAGAUCCCGUGCCGGCGCAUGCGGAGCGGGAGCUACAUCAAAGCCAUGGGGGACGACGACAGCGAAGAUUCAGAAACCAGCCCCAAACCGUCCCCGAAAACUGCGGCUCGGAGGCAGAGUUACCUCAAGGCCACCCAACAGUCCCUGAGUGAGCAGAGCACUGCACACAGGAGCCUGGACCGCCUGGACUCCGUCGAGAUCCUCUUACCUCCAAAGUUCCCAAGCUGGGAGGAAGAAUACAACCAGCUCACUGACAACAUGGAUGAGUCCAGCUGCAUCAGCCAGAUAUUUGGACAGUCCUCAUUUAUCCCACAGAUAUUUACACACGGAGAGCAGACAAGGGAGGCAGAGCUGAGUGACCAGUACGAGACAGUGUGUGAAUCAGCCUACAGUGAAGCCGAAUCAGCUGCUGUGGAGGUGCUAGACCUGCCUCUGCCCAGCUACUUCCGCUCCCGGAGCCACAGCUACCUCCGAGCCAUCCAGGCAGGCUGCUCCCAGGAAGAAGACACGGCCUCCAUCCGAUCCAUCUCGCCGCCUCCCGCCAGCAGCAUCAGCGGCAGCAGGACGCUCCCCAGCAACAGCAGUUCAUCAUGCCUAGUGGCAUAUAAAAAGACACCUCCCCCCGUCCCACCUCGGACCACCUCAAAGCCGUUCAUCUCUGUCACCGUGCAGAGCAGCACCGAAUCAGCCCAGGACACCUACCUGGAUAGCCAGGACCACAAGAGCGAAGUCAACAGCCAAUCGGGACUGAGUAAUUCUUCAGACAGCUUAGACAGUACCAGAACACCCAGUGUGACAAAAGGCAGCCUUGUGACUCCAGCCAGAGAUGCUCCAGAGUUACCCCAGAAAAAUGCAACCUUGAAAAGUGACAAAGGAACUCUGACAAGUGAAGAGCCUAAGGUGGAGAAUAUUCCCAAAAGGAAGCUGUCGUCUAUAGGAAUACAAGUUGACUGCCUUCAGCCAGUGGCAAAGGAGGAGCCCCCUACGCCAACCACCAAAUUCCAGUCCAUCGGGGUACAGGUAGAGGACGAGUGGCGAAACAACCACUCUCGCAGUAUGUCCUCCAAACAGGACGCCGAUUCCGAUGCACAGGAACCGAAUCACUCAAACUGUAAAUCAUCUGAGAGAAGCCUUGCUGAUUGUCCCCCGCGCUACAACUCUGUCAGUGUUGAUGCCAGUACCAGGCAGCCAGCCAAGCCCUCCCAGUUCAAGAGAAAUCUCUCCUAUGGAGAUAGCAGUGACCCAGCCCUAGAGCCUUCCUCUCUCCCUCCUCCGGACCCUUGGCUCGAGACAUCCUCCAAUUCACCAUCAGAACCAACACAACCAGGAGCCUGCAGGCGGGACGGGUACUGGUUUCUGAAACUCCUGCAGGCAGAAACAGAAAGGUUAGAAGGAUGGUGCCGUCAGAUGGACCAGGAGACCAAAGAGAACAAUCUCUCUGAAGAAGUUUUAGGAAAAGUCCUCAGCGCAGUGGGCAGUGCACAGUUACUCAUGUCCCAAAAGUUCCAGCAGUUCCGGGGCCUCUGUGAGCAAAACUUGAACCCCAAUGCCAAUCCCAGACCCACAGCCCAGGACCUAGCUGGGUUUUGGGAUCUCUUGCAGUUGUCCAUUGAAGACAUCAGCAUGAAAUUUGAUGAGCUCUACCACCUAAAGGCUAACAGCUGGCAACUGGCAGAAACACCGGAGAAGAAGGAAGAGAAGAAACCACCCCCUCCAGUGCCAAAGAAGCCAGCCAAGCCCAAAACCCCACUGAACCGGGACAAAGCCUCUGAUUCUGUGGAUAAGCAGCGCCAGGAAGCUCGCAAGCGUCUCAUGGCAGCCAAGCGGGCUGCCUCUGUCCGGCAGAAUUCUGCCACGGAGAGCGCGGACAGCAUUGAAAUCUACGUCCCUGAGGCACAGACCCGCCUUUGAGCAAAGGGGAAGAGGAAGGAAACACGUGUUUUUCUAAAUCAUUAAAGAGGAAAAAAAAAUUCUCUCUAAACUUAGUGUGAUUUAUUCGGUCUAGAGACGCUGAGCCAACCUGACAAAGGGCUCCCAAUUCGGCUUUUUUUCUCUCAGCUUUAAGUAACGAAGAUUUUAAAAAAAUCCCACACACAACAACAAAAAUUCCCCCUCUUGUUUUCUCUCACUGGCUGCGGUGUUGCUGAACAGACUGAAAAGACUCCUGGAAGCCCCAGCCCCUCAGACUUGGAACUUCAAUCUUUUUACUUGUUCAAUCUAAUGAGAAUUAUUAGCUUGUUUACAAGAAGAGGACGACAAAAAAAAAAAAUGAAGCCUUGAGCACUUGCCAUGCUGUGUUCUUUCUCCUUCUCCUCAACUCUGUUCUUCCUUAUCCUUAGGGUUUUUUUCUUCUACCUCUUAUUCUACCUUAUCCACCCCCUCUCUCCCACUUUUUGCAUGGCUUUGUUUACUGUGUUAGAAAUAACCUCUCUUCCACAGAGCUCCUGAAGAGAACAUCUGUUCAGCGUGUACUGGUGUUGCACUCUGCUAGCUAGCAGCCUUUCUUUAUUUUUCCUUUAGUGGGGGGGAGGUGUAGGGGCGAAGGGCAGCAGGGUUCACAUAUCGAUGUAUUUGAUUGAAAAGGAAGGAGGAAAAGAUCUGUGGAAUGUAAUGCCGAGUUCUUCAUGCAGCCUGGAAGCAAACGUGUGCAAUAAGGUGGUGAUGGGGGCAGCGCUUCGUUGGCUGAUUCCAAAAGAAAGCUGGCCCCAUUCCAGGCACAGGAUGGGAGCUGGAAGGAUGAUGUGGUGGAACAAGUGUGACCCCUAUACAUAUAUACACACACUCACACUGACACUCACUCUCUCUCUCUCUCUCUCUCUCAUUUUGUCCCCUUCUACACAUUUUAUUUUCCUUGAGAAUCACUUGUUAAAAAAGCAGUUGCUACACAGUGGGGACCUGUUUCAAGGGGGAGGAAGGGUGUAAUGAUAGGGUAUGUCAGGGUGGAGAACUGGGUUUUCUACAAAAAGAAGGGAGGGUGGCUAAUGGCAGGCUGGCAGCCGGCCGACCUGUAUGUAUGUGUACAUAUGCACAUAUACACUUACUAGGAUCUGUAUAUUUAAUGCAUACACACAUAUACAUACCCAUACACAAGUGCAAGUGGUGUAUUAAAAGCACCUCAGUGAGAGUGGGUGUAUGUAUAGCAUAUAUUUUUACAUGUACUAUAUCUAGAUGUGUGUAAAAGUGUGUGUAAAAAUAUAUACUCCGUGUGUAAUCAGA